AUGCCUGAGGAAAUGAUUUGUGGGAUUCCUGUUAACUUUCCUUUUGAGCCAUAUGAUGUGCAGAAAUCUUAUAUGCGUAAAGUUAUUGAGAGCUUACAAAAUAAUACCAAUGCCUUGUUAGAAUCUCCAACUGGUACUGGAAAGACACUGUGUCUACUAUGCGCUUCAAUAGCUUGGCUGAUGGUUAAAAAAGCACAACUUCAAAUGAACGCACAGCUUGGUAAUUUUACGGAACACAGUGGCGUUGAUUCUCUGCAAGAAAAGCUCAAGACAGGAGCCGGAAAAAAUAAGGACAAUACAGCAUGGGGCAUGCCUAAAAUUAUAUACUCUUCGCGUACACAUUCACAACUUACUCAGGCUAUGCAAGAACUUAAGAGAACAAGCUACAGACAUGUUAAGGCUGCUGUGUUGGGUUCCAGGGAUCAAAUGUGCAUUCAUCCAGAAGUCUCAAAGGAAACUAAUAAUAUGAAUAAGGUACACAUGUGUCAGCUAAGGGUAAAAUCAAGAACAUGUCAUUUUUAUAACAAUGUGGAAUCAAAAAAAGAUGAUCGAUCUGUAAAAGGAGAUGAAAUAUUAGAUAUUGAAGAUCUUGUAACUGUGGGUAAAAAGUUGAAGUGUUGUCCAUAUUAUUUAUCUAAGGAAUUAAAACAGGAAGCUGAUAUUGUUUUUAUGCCAUAUAAUUAUUUGUUAGAUCCAAAAUCAAGAAAAGCUAAUGGGGUAGAACUUUUAAAUAAUGUUAUUAUUUUAGAUGAAGCGCAUAAUGUUGAGAAAAUGUGUGAAGAAUCUGCUUCAUUACAGAUAAGAACUACUGAUGUUGCCUUGUGCAUUGAUGAAAUCACUCAUAUUAUGAGAUCAUUUGUAGAAAAUUCUGAGGAAAAUUUAGACACAACUGCAGAAGCUAUAGAUACUAAUCAAGUAAAGGAUUUUACCUGUGAGGAUUUGUGUAUAUUGAAAGAAAUUAUGUUAGCUUUUGAAAAGGUAAUUGAUGAGAUUGAGGUUGGCAAUGAAGGUUCAACAUAUCCUGGUGGUUUUAUAUUUGAGUUACUAGCUAAAGCAGAAAUUAAGGAUCAUAACCAAAUGUCAGUGAUAUCGCUUAUAGAGAACCUAAUACAGUUUUUAUCUACAGCAAGUGCAUCACCAUUUCAACGUAAAGGUGUUGGACUGCAGAAAAUGGCUGACCUAUUGAAUGUUGUCUUUAGUGGUACAACUCAUUCUUAUAAGGAAAGAGUUAAAAUGUGUUAUAAAGUGCACAUUCAAAUAGAAGAAAAGAAAAAUAGUAAGAAGACAGACAGCUGGGGUGCCUUAAAAUCAGUUACAUCUAAAUCAUCUGAGAGAGUUUUGAGCUAUUGGUGCUUCAGUCCCGGAUUUGGGAUGAAGCAGCUUAUAGAUCAAAAUGUCAGAAGCAUAAUUUUAACAAGUGGUACAUUAGCACCAUUAAAACCAUUGAUUUCUGAACUUGGUAUCCCCAUUGGUGUUCAAUUAGAAAACCCUCACAUAGUUAAAUCAAAUCAAAUUUGUGUCAAGAUUAUCAGUCAAGGUCCUGAUUCUGUUAUGCUCAAUUCAAACUACCAAAACAGAGAUAACCCUAAAUAUAUAUCAUCAUUAGGAAGAACAAUCCUUAGUUUCUCUCGUGUUAUACCUGAUGGCCUAUUGGUGUUUUUUCCUUCUUAUCCUAUAAUGACCAAAUGUCAAGAACUGUGGCAGGCUGAAGGUAUAUGGUCCAGCAUAAAUAAUAUUAAGCCAAUUUUUGUAGAACCUCAACGUAAGGAUACUUUUAAUUCAAUUAUCACUGACUAUUAUGGUAAAAUAAGUGACCCUAAUACUAGAGGAGCCUGUUUCAUGGCAGUCUGUAGAGGAAAAGUUUCUGAAGGUCUAGAUUUUGCAGAUAUGAAUGGAAGAGCUGUAAUAAUAACUGGUUUACCUUUUCCACCUUUGAAAGAUCCUAGAAUUAUAUUAAAGAAAAAGUAUUUGGAAGAACUAAGGAUGAAGGAAAAGGACUUUCUUUCCGGGGAUGAAUGGUAUUCUUUAGAAGCCACACGAGCUGUAAAUCAAGCAAUUGGUAGAGUUAUAAGGCAUAAAAAUGAUUAUGGAGCUAUCUUAUUGUGUGAUAGUAGGUUCAAUAAUCCAAAAUUAAAGGGGCAACUUUCUGCAUGGUUAAGAGAUUAUAUAAGUUCAUCCAAUAAAUUUGGGGAGGGAAUUAGUGAAGUUUGUAGAUUUUUUAAAAGCGCUGAAUCAACAUUACCAUCACCAAAAUUAAAACCUUUAAAGCCAGAUGAAGGAAAUUUUUACAAUGACAGUGCUAAAAAUAUUACUGGUGUAUCAUUCUCAACAGUAAAUGCCAGACCAAUUCUUAAAACAAAUAAGAAAUCUGUCUGCCAAUAUCCUAAUUCUAAUGAAGUAUAUGCAAAUUUUUCUAUGGACUUUUACAAGAAUGCUCAAACAUCAUCAUAUGUAAAUGAGUUCAAACCUAAAGAAGCAAAAGAAUUAUUUAAUGCUUUAGAUAAUAGUAGUGAAUCAUCACAAAUACCUACAUCAGUGGCUAUACAUAAAAGACAUAUAGAAGACAUUGAUAUGCCAAUAAUUAGAAAAAAGAAAUUAAAAAUAAAAGCUUUUGGGUUUGAAGAGAACCUAAGCAAUGCUGAAGUUUCAGAUACCAUUCAAAUAGAUAAAGUUGCCCCCACAUCUCUAAUGGACUUUGUAAAGGAGAUAAAAACUUUUUUAGACAAUGAGCAAUAUAAACAAUUUCAGAUAUCUAUCUCAAAUUAUAAGAAGACAGGAGAAUAUCAAAUAUUUUUAAAUACAUUAACCAUUAUAUUUAGAAAUAAAAAACUAUUUUAUUUAUUUAAAGGAAUGAAAAGAUUUUUAAACGAAGAACACAAAAUACCAUUUCAGGAAUAUUGUGACAACUUAAAAUUUCAUAGCUAA